AUGUCCAACUUUGGCGAUUUCUUCGACAACUACCUGCAAUCUGCAAGCUUGUGUUGCGCUCAAACUGGUCUCACACCUCCGUAUUCCGGUGGUCUGACUGAUGAAGACUUCUUCGCCCCAAUCGGAUCUACAGUACAAUCGCCUGGGUCUUCCAAUGGAUCAAGUUCUGGAUCCCUUGGAUCAAUGAAUUCUUCAAAUUGUUCUGACUCCUUUUCUAGCUCAAUUGGAUUAACUGGAUAUUUGGCUCAGACCCAAGCGAGCUUUGCUGGACCAGUCCGUAGACAAACGGAGAAUAAGAUUCCUGUCGGAAAUUCCCUUGAGAACUUUGCUCAACCCAACGAUUUCCUGGAAUAUGAGAAUCUGCUGCAAAACGUCACACUUCAACCACUCGUUCCAGCGUCGGAACCUCAUCAUCCAAUGGAACAAUUAGUCAAUCUACGAGCACCAAUUGCUCCAUCUCUUCCAGACCAGACCUACCUACCAAUGGUCCACCAAUCAGAUCGUCUAUCACCAUCCACCCUCCUACCAUCGCCAUCUUCUUCCGUGUCAUCUAACAUCCCCACCAUCAAUUUGGACGCGAGCCAACACUGCCGACAUCAUCAAUGCUUGUGA